AUCUCACAACUCGUAAUUAACCCUUAUCUAUAUCUUCUUAUAGCUUCAUCCCAAAAAGCUCUUUUCCUUCUAAAUUUGAUUCCUUAGUUCAGCAUUCUAUUAUUAUAUAUGGCUUCUUCACCUUCCUCAGAAAACAAAAACCUAGAGGGAGUAGCUGGUGGUGCCGGAGAGAAACCCAUUCCACUUGGUGAGAACGUUCUGCAGAAGCAUGCUGCAUUCUUUGACUUGAAUAAAGAUGGUGUCAUCUACCCAUGGGAGACUUUUAAAGGGUUGCGUGAAAUCGGGACUGGGGUUUUGCUGUCCGUUGGAGGUGCUAUUUUCAUCAAUGUGUUUCUCAGUCAGAGUACUCGUCCCGGAAAGUUUCCAUCUAUACUUUUUCCAAUUGAAAUUAAAAAUAUCCAACGCGGCAAACACGGCAGUGACACUGGAGUCUACGAUACUGAAGGAAGGUUUGUACCUUCAAAAUUUGAAGAAAUUUUUAACAAGCAUGCACAUACACAUCCAAAUGCUUUGACAUAUGAUGAGUUAACGGAGAUGAUAAAGGCAAAUAGAGAGCCUAAAGAUUUCUCAGGAAGGAUUGGUAGUGUGGUUGAAUGGAAAAUUCUUUACAAACUUGCUAAAGAUAAGAGUGGAUUACUGCAGAAAGAAACAAUCCGAGGUGUUUACGAUGGAAGUUUAUUUGAACAACUGAAAAAACAACACUCUUCAGGCAAAGAGAAGUAGUAAUAUUUUUCAGACACGUAUGUGAAAAGAAGAAGUUACUUGUCGAUCUCAGCAAAAUUGGUUAUUUUUAUGAAUUUAUAUGCUAGUAAGUUAGUCACAAUAUUCAAAGUGUCUGUUUAUUUUUAUGUUCGUCAAUAAUGUAUAUGUCAAGUCAAACUUAUGUGUCAUCUAUCAUGUUUGAAUUCAUCCGAAAAUCACGUAUACAGUAAAAUAAAGAAUACAAUUUUAUAAUAAGUUCACUGAUGUUUCUAUA